GAUAUACCGGUCGUUCUAUCGAGAGGUUAUGUAUAUAAAUUUGUUGUCCGUUGUGCCGUUACUUUAAACAAUGCGUGAUGGCGGCGCUAUUCUUCCGGUCCGAUGCAAGCGCAACUACCGCAAAGGUACUGUGCGAUCAGAUCGUUUACGCAACCCGAAGAAAGUUGUACGGAACAGAUGUCCGAUUGAAUAAUGCCCGUUAAUUCUGAGCAUUGUUCUAACAUGAAAUUGACUUCUGCGAAAGCAACGCGAUCUAUGGCGAAGAAUGAUAAAUUACGUGCGAUGCGAUACAGUGAUUAUAUAAACGUUGAGAAUUUAACGGAGAGGAAGGUUCAGAAGAGAAAGUACCUUAUAGAAUUAUAAAAUUUAUAAGAAUUAGCGUGUAAAAAUGACAACUAUUACAAUAUCGGCAGUUCGAACGCGAACAAGUAUACUCGAUAAGUCAUUGAGUAAAGGAAAAGGAGAGGUUAGCCUGAGUUGUUUUGCACUUUUGUUUUCGGAACUCGUACAGUACUGUCAAAAUAGAGUUUACACCGUACCAGAAUUACAAAACAAAUUAGCGGAAAUUGGCGCAGAAGUUGGACACAGAAUUACAGAUCUUUUAGUUAUUCGGGAGAAAGGAGGAAAACGUGAGAUAAAAUUGUUGAAUAUUCUGUUAUUUAUUAAAAGCACAGUCUGGAAAUCGUUAUUUGGUCGUGAAGCUGACAAAUUAGAACAUGCGAAUGACGAUGAGCGGACUUACUAUAUUAUAGAGAAAGAAGCAUUAGUAAAUAAAUUCAUAUCGGUACCAAAAGAUAAAGGAAGUUUAAACUGUGCUUCUUUUAUUGCUGGAAUUGUUGAAGCCAUUCUUUGCGACUGUGGUUUUCCAGCAAAGGUGACUGCACAUUGGCAUAAGGGAACUACAUACAUGGUUAAGUUCGAUGAUGCAGUAGUUGCUCGUGAUAAGCAAUUAGAAGAUCGAUGAAUAUAAGUAAAAGUGUAAGAAAAGUUGUAUAAGUAAUAUUUGAAAGAAAUUCAUUAUUAUAAUUCUACAUUAACAAAUACACUAAUAAAUAAUGAAUUUAAGAUUAAGCAUUU